AUGAGCAACUUUAACAGAUCCACCAAUGAUGGAAGUAUUCCAUCUUUUCUCAUGGGGAAAAUUAUGGGUGCUUAUAAAAAUACCAAAGAAUCAUCAUAUGUUAAAUCAUUAUACCAUGAUACAACCCAAGCAUUCAAAUCAACUGAUUACGCAGAAGGUAUUGCAAAUGAAAAGCCGACAAGAUUGCCACCUGAUACACAAAUUUUCAUAUACCCUACUUUUGCGAAGCAUGAUAAUGGAAAGUACGUAACCAGAGUGAAAGGUGUGGUAUCUGCAAGUGGUUCGAAUUCAAGAAAGAGCAGAUUUCUAUUGAGCAUGGCCCGACGACUGAUUAGAUCUAGCGACCCGAGCGAUGUAGAGACAACUAUCUCCGAAUUCAGAAACACAAUAUCAAACCCAGAAAUAUACAGGACUUCCAGUAAUGAUAAAAGAGAAUAUGAUCAAUGUUCUACUGUAAGUUCCAAUUCUAAUGACAUCGUUAAACAGCGGAUGCAAGGAAUAUUGGCUAAAGAUAUAGCUGAUACACCGUUGAAUAUAACAAUUGGUUCUGCUGUCCCUGUAGAUAAUAUUGUGGGUGUCAAUCUCACCAGUGAUAGUUUUGGUAUGUUUCAAAUUUCAAUCACUUCUCCAUAUAAACCUGAAUACAUUGCUGUAUCAUCAGUAAUUGAUCCUUCCAUCAUUCAAACCAUGACAGUUGAAAUUGUAGAAUCUAAAGGUUUUAGCGUGAUCACCGAUAUCGACGAUACGAUUAGAUUAACGGGAAUAUUAGGAGACAAACGGGAAAUAUUCAGAAAUUUGUUUUAUAAAGAUUUUACGAGCUGUGAAAUCAAAGGUGUUUCAGAAUGGUUUAAUCAGUUACACGAUGAAUACAAAUGUUCAGUGCAUUAUGUUUCUAAUUCUCCAUGGCAAGUUUUCAAUAUUGUCAAUUCGUUCCUGUCUUUUUUCGAAUUCCCUGUUACCUCUGUGCAUUUGAGGCAAUAUAGUGGAAAUUUGAUUGCAUCGUUCACACAACCUAGCGCAGAGCGUAAAAGGCCUUCCCUUGUUGCUUUGCUAGAUGAGUUCCCUGAACGAAAGUUUAUUUUGGUAGGAGAUACAGGAGAACAAGAUUUAGAAGCCUAUCUUUCAUUACUUUCUAACUAUUCACCUCAGAUAGUAGCAAUUUACAUGCGAGUUGUGCCGAAGUCCUUGAGCUCUCUUGGAAAUGACGAUAUAGCAUUGAAAGAAUUCAAUGAAAUGUUACAGGUACGGAAAAAAACUUGUUUGGCUAAUAAAGUUGAUCAUUUGUUAAGAAAUCCAACUGGGAUUGAUUCCAAUGAUGAGAAAAGUUGCUUUGAUGGAACACAUCCAAUUCAUGUUUCCGUCCCAGAUAGAAUGGUGAACAGGCGUCGCUCAAGCAUCGACGCAGCUAAAACCACCAUUGCAACCGCGGUGAAGAUGACACGAGUAAGGAAACUUCCACCAAUUGUUCCACGAAAACCAGAUUCUCUGAGGGGCGAGAAGGUGAUCAAGACGCUUCUAGAUGACGACUCAGUACGUGUUGUUAAACCUUCUCAUGAACCAGUUCUGAAUUUAUCUGAAGGCGAAAAUAGAGAUCAUACUACACAAUUGAAUAAUUAUGAUUACGAAAAUGAGCUAAUUAAAGGGGAUAUUGACGACAAAAGGUUUAUUUUAUGGAAACAGAGAGUUCAGAGGGUUAUUGAUGAAGUACCAGAGCAUAUACAUUUUGAGUUUUGGAAAGAUGCAAGUACUGCACAUGCAAGUAGUAUCCAUUUAUUAGUGAAAGAAUUAGAAUGA